UUUUAUUCAAAUUAAGUUAAAUUCUUGUGUUCGUUGAAAUAAUUGUUAACAGAAUCCUCAGAAAAGUGAUUCCAAAUGAAAAGUUUUGCAAUUUUAUCUGCUUAUUUUAAGAAUAUAGAAAAAAUUAAUUUAUUGGCCAAAAAAUUUGCAGCGUCCAUUGCAAAUGUAAACAGAGAGCAAAACCAAAGAGAGCCAAAAGCAAUAACGAUGGUGAGUUAGAAAUGAGCAGAAUAUGAAUGUUGUUGAUAAAUAGCUGAAAUCAAAACAAGGGGAUUCUGUUGUAAAUUCCUGUGGAUAGCUUUUUUAAGAAAACAAGUGACCUGUACCAGAAAAAUUAAAAAUUAUUAAAAUAUCUAAUAAAAUAAAUAUAAAUAUUAUAUUUUUUGUUAAAGUAGGUGUAAAUAAAUACAAAAUAAUCGCGAGUGUAUCAAUUUCUGUAGAAGCUUAGACACUUUAACCUUUUCAAAAUUGUGGAAAUAUGAUAAUUAAAAAAAACAGUCUGGUCUACUUUGUUCUUGUUUUUUGUUAAUGUCAGCCUUUGUGUACAUACCAAAUUUUGCAACUGUCCAGUCAGUGUGCCAUCGGUUAUUGGGCAAAGCGCAACACAAGUGAUUUUAUCUAAAUUAAAAUUUGUUUUAUUCGUAUAUCAAACGGUUGAAAUGUAUAAAAAAGUAUAAAAAAUGUUUAUUUGUCAUGUCGUUUCGAUAAAUUACGCGAAUUUCACCGGUAAAUCGAAUGAAAUCUCGGGACGGUACGGUAGCAAGCAUGUGGUGUUUUAUUGUGAUUCCAUUCGAAAAUUAAGUUAAAUUCUUGUGUUCGUUGAAAUAAUUGUUAAUAGAAUCCUCGGAAUAGUGAUCCCAAAUGAAAAAUGUUGCAUUUUUAUGUGCAUAAAAAAUAAAUUUACAAUUUUAAUUUAUUGGCCAAAGAAAUUUGCAGCGUCCGUUGCAAAUGUAAACAGAGAGCAAACAGCAAAGAGAGCCAACAGUAAUAAUGAUAAUGAGUGAGAAAUAAGUGCGUUGUUGGUAGAGAGCUAAAAGGCCAACCAAGAGAAGUUGUUACAACACAAUUGUAUUAUUGUUUAAAAAAACAUGUACAAAAAUAUAUUUCAUGGAUGAUCGUCAGAGUAUAUGUUUUAAAUACAUUUCGUAUCUUAAUGAAAGAAAUCUCAUAAAAUCAUCAUGACGAUGUGCUAAUCUGAGGGUAUACGUCCGGUCUUAAGAUGAAAAAAAAAACCCGAAAUGCACACAUUCCUCUCCAUCUCAAUGUAUGUGACUUUGCAUGUAAACUCUCUACAUUAACUACACAUAAAACCGAUACUGCCAAGUUUCGACAUUGUCCAACCCCAAAAGUGUUAAAGAAAUACAAAAGAAAGAAAAAAAAAAUACCAAAAGUCGAUUACAUGAAAUUUGUAUUUUUUCUUGGCAAAUCCCAAACCGACAACAAGUAAAGCAAUCAAGCUCAGAGCCAACUAGUGUAAAGAGAAAUCAGCAAAUUUUUUGAAAACAAAAAACCCUCCAUACGCCUACACAUCCCCCCUCACAGACACAAUGCAACCACUGAAAUGCAGUUUAGCCUUUGUGCUAGCUUUGGGUUUGUUCCAUGUUAGCUCAGCCAUGCCAGGACGUUAUGUGCGAGCCACCGACAGUGAUGAUGGAUCACUGGUAACCCUACAAUUUGCCGACAAUGAAAGUGAUUUGAAUCCCAUUAAUUCGGAGGCCACAUCGGGCGAUGAUUUAGAUCGUAACAAAAGAAAAAUUGCCGGUGCUACAUUUGAGGCCAAAAAUGCUGUCUUAGGUUAUGUCUUUGGCAAAAUCGAUGGUUUCUUGGACACCAACAUUCGCAUCCUUGACCAAUUGGACCGUGCCAACAUUGAGAAGAACAAGCAAUGGGAUAUUCCAAAGCCAGUGCCCAUCAAUGAUGUCCAAUCCUUGAUCACAGCCGUUGUGUCACCCAAAAUUCGUGUUGUUGGCAAUAUUGCCAAUGACUUGACCACCGGUGUUUUGACCACAAUCACAGCCUUCAGUGGCAGUUCCUCGGGCGGUAACUCCAACAAUCCCAAUGCUGGUCUGGGCAAUAUUGUGUCGAAAUUCUUGGGCUUCUCUGGACCUAUCUUGCAAGGAUCAUCAGGUGGCGGUGCUGGUGGUUCAACUACUCCAGCACCUGAUUCAGAUGAGGCUGGUUAUUAGAUAACCAACAUAACAUCAUGAAGACCUUUCCUGUAAUGCCAAACACAAGAAGGUUUUGAACGCAUCCAACACAGAAACACACACCCAUAUCUAAAUACAAAUCUAAACAUGCGUACAUACAUAAGUGUUCAUAUAGAAAUUAUGGAAAUAAUUAACACAAAAUUUGUUAUUGUACAAUUGGAUUGUUACAUUUUUAAUAGUUUUAAUUUAGUUUUGAUUUGUAACCAUUGUUCGAUUUUAAGAGAACAACAAUUCGAACACCGAUAUCACUCAUAAAAUUAGCAAAUUGUUCUAUAUUUUCUUCCAUCUACCAUAAUUAUUAGUUGUAUCACAAACAAAUCCUAUUACGAUUUAUAUACAUGUGUAUAAUAUUUCAAUAACCUAUCUACGCACCGUACACACACCCAUUGUCACAGAGACACACAUUAUUUUGUAAAUAUUUAAUAUAGCAAUUUUCCGAUUCUUUCCCUCUUUUUGUACUACUGUUU